CGAAAACAGAAAAGAACUUUUUGAAAACGCCAUGAGAGGAUCAAAAACCUGACUCAUCAGGAACAGAGAAGAGAAAGAAACAUCUUUCAGCCCGUGAAUUUGUCAAAAGAAACGCUCUCUUUCUCUUUCCUUUUUUUUUUUUUUUCCCUCUUUCGAACCAAACAAAGACGCCUAAAGACCCCUCAGACGCAAAUACAUACACACCUUAGAAAUUUCUUCCUUUAAUCUAUCUUGAAUUCUUAGAAUCUGAGAAAUCCUACGAUUACACACAUGCAAAGAUUAGCAUUCGAUCUCAAAAUCAAGAUUGGAUCAGAAAGUCCCAUCAACACCAGGAUCAUCAGACGUCUGAUUUGAUGACUCCAACUUUGACAUGUUGCCGGCGUUGCUAGACCCUGCAGCUCCGGCGCACACAACCACCCAAAACCCCAGCCUUAACGGUCAGUUUUCUCGUUCUCUCUCAUUCAACUUUUCUGGGCUUCCAUCAAAAUUUCAGUCUGUGCCAAUGAACCCAUCCAAUAUCGGGAAUCAAACUUCCGGAUUUUCGGAAUAUUCAAAUUCGAAUACUGGUUUCAAUACGUCGUCGUUUACGGGAUCAGCGACCGGUUCUUCAAGACCGAGGUUUGUGAAGGUGAGGAGGCAUUCGAAUUCCCAAAAUUUGAGACCAAAGGGAGCCUCCGACGACCAUGCAGACCUCGGCUUCAAUCCAUUUCGGCCCGUUUCCGAGCGUUCGAUUCCAGCCUCGUCUGCAUCCCAAACCGGGGCUUCAAUUUCUGGCGGCUUCGGUUUUGGCAACAGUGGGAGCGAGGCAUUUGUGUUUGGAGCGAACGGGAUCGAUUCGGGUGCGGAUUUGAAUCUGGGAAAGUGGGAUUCUAGUGUAGGUUUUAUGAGGAACUUGAAAAUGGGAAAUGAGGAUUUCGUGAAUGUCAAAGAUAGCUAUCCUGGUAGGACACGUUCAAGCCUAUCCGGUCGGUCCGUGAGUAGUGGCUUCGUAUUCGGUAGUGGCGACGAGAAGAGUUCUGGUAUUGAUGAAGGCAUUGCAUCGAUGCUUCCAGAGGAAAUGAGGAAGUUGAACAUUGAAAGUCGAGAAGAUGUCGAAAAUAUCAGGAAAAAUAGAGAUGUAAGGUUUAAUCUAAGUGCGAAUGACAAGACCAAGUUUGGGUUUGGGAGUGAUGACAAUGUGAGCAGUUCCUUUGAUAGAAGCGUGGAUGCAGAACUCCCAAACGAAUUCAAAAAUAAAUUGGGCAUUAAAGAAGCUGGUAAGUUUGAUGGUGCUGGAAGUUCAGCAGAUACACUUCCUGAUCAGAUGAAGAAUUUAAACAUGAAGGAUUCUAUAAAUACCAACCGUUUUGAGAAGAAUGAUGUUAAUAUUGAGACAAAUGACGAAAACAAUGCAAUCUUUGGAGGCAGUGAAAGUACUAGUGAUGCGUAUGGAGGAAGAAGAGAAAAUCUGCUGUUGAGGAAGAUGGAGAAGUUAAAAUUAGGAAGUGGGGCAGGAUACACUAAUCGAUCAGAUUCGGGGCUAUCUUCCUCUCGAGUAUAUGUGAAGGAGACUCAAACGGCAGAUUUUAGUGAUAUGUUUUUACAUGACCUUGAUAAAUCAGCACCGAUGGAAUCCAAUUUUCAGGUGGGGAUGCAGGGUAAGAACGUAAGUGGUAGUCAAGUUCCUUUGGGCCAACCAAAAGAUGAUACCAAACUGCAUGGAAAAUUCGCAUCUUCUGCUUCAUUCUCAUCUAGUGACAUGGGUCUUCCUCCAAUUGGGAAUGCUUUUGAAGUACCUAAGGCUGAGUUUAGCUUUACUAGCAGACAAGAUGCAACAGAGACAGACUUUGUAGAAUUUAAAACACCGAAACCAAAAGCUAACAUAUUUUCAGGCUUAAAUCAGAAAAUGGAAUUCAGUGCAAGGAAGGAACCAAUCAGAGACACGAGACUAAAUAAAAAGAGUGGAAAACUGAAACAUUCUACCCCAGUCAAGCUGUGGCCUGGUCAAUAUGCCGUUUUUGGGGAAAGUGUUUCCCAUGAGAACGCAGAGGUUUCUGAAUCUUAUUCACCUAUGGAUAUUUCCCCGUAUCAGGAAACACCAGCUGAUAAGCGAUGCUCAAGAGAAAAUUCUGUGACAUCUGACGAGUCAUUUAGGCUGGAUAGCAACUAUGAAGCAACUAAUUCAGCACCAACAACUUUGAGUGAUGCUAUAGAUGAGGGUUUGAUUAAAGCAACUCAAUGCUUGAAUAUUAAUGAAGACAAUUCAAUAUGCCAAGAAGCAAAAUUCGUUAGUUCUGAAUACUAUUUUGAUAAAAUUGGUGGUGCUAAAGGCCCUCAGGAAGGGUCUGUUUCUGGGGCUGAAACUGAAAGCUUCAAAUCUGCUGCUGAGGAUGUGGACUAUAAUAGUGACGUCACCAUCACAUCACGAGAAACUGAAGCCAUUCCGAGCUCGAAUAUUGAGAGUUGUGAUAAUGAUGACCGGAUGCGAAUUGGCAUUACUUCAAGUUUGGAAGAUAUAAGUGGGUUUAACUUUACAUUCGCCGCCUCUUCUGCCACUCAAGGUCAAUUAUCUUCUUCAAAACGCUACCAGAAAAAGAAAAGUUUGUUGAAAGUUGCUCAUGAUGUGUAUGAUUCCUCUCCCAAGGCAAAAGUUUCACAUGGAUCAUCCUCUGUGAAUCUUUUUCCAUUCUCCGGAACUUCAUUGCCUUUGUCUCCUGGGCGGACCCAGAAAGGAGAUCUAUCUAUAUCACAAUCAAAUGUUAAAACUGAUUCCGCGAUGGAAAAAAGACAGGAGAUCAAGCUAGAGCCUGCACCGAACAUUGCAGCUCAGGAAGUAUGUGAGAAGUGGCGACAAAGGGGAAACCAGGCCUAUAUGAAUGGGGAUCUUUCUAAAGCGGAGGAUUGUUACACAAAAGGGGUUAACUCUGUUUCUAUGAGUGAGUCGUCAAGAGGUUGUCUCAGGGUUUUAAUGCUGUGCUAUAGCAACCGGGCAGCAACACGUAUGGCUCUUGGAAGAAUUAGAGAUGCAUUAGGAGAUUGUAUGAUGGCUGCCACAAUUGAUCCCAACUUCCUUAAGGUGCAACUUAGAGCUGCAAAUUGUUACCUUUCCCUUGGAGAAGUUGAAGAUGCAUCAAAAUAUUUUAAGAGGUGCCUUCAAUCAGGAAGUGACAUCUGUGUCGACCGGAAAAUUGCAGUAGAAGCAUCCGAUGGCUUACAAAAGGCACAGAAAGUGAUAGAUUGCAUGAAUUGCUCUGCUGAGAUUUUGACAAGGACUAGGAGCACAGCCAAUGAUGCAGAGACUGCUCUGGAAGUAAUUGCUGAGGCUUUGAUGAUAAGCCCGUACUCGGAAAAGUUACUUGAAAUGAAAACAGAGGCUCUUUUUAUGCUCCGGAGGUAUGAUGAGGUGAUUCAGCUGUGUGAUCAGACCCUUGGUUCUGCUGAAAAGAACUCUCCUCCAGUGGCUACUAAUGACCAGGAAACAACUCUGAAUGGUUCUGAAAAUUUGAAGAACUUUUACUUCAGAGUUUGGCGAUGCCGCCUGACUUUUCAAGCCUGCUUUCAUUUAGGAAGGCUUGAGGAGGGUCUUGCUUUACUUGAGCAAGAUGAAAUCAUGAAUAGGAGUGGAAGCAAGUCUCUGGAAUCAUUAAUACCCCUAGUUGGUACCGUACGUAAGCUCUUGCAUCAUAAGGCUGCAGGGAAUGAAGCCUUUCAGGCGGGAUUGCAUGCAGAAGCAGUUGAACAUUAUACUGCUGCUUUGUCAUUCAAUGUGGAGUCACGCCCUUUUGCAGCUGUUUGUUUUUGCAAUCGUGCUGCUGCACACAAAGCAUUGGGCCAGAUAACGGAUGCUAUUGCGGAUUGCAGCCUGGCGAUUGCUCUCGAUGGAAACUAUCUUAAGGCACUCUCAAGACGGGCAACUCUAUAUGAGAUGAUCAGAGAUUAUGGACAAGCAGCUAAGGAUCUUCAGAGACUUGUAUCCCUUCUAAAUAAGCAAGUAGAGGAGAAGACCAAUCAAUCUAGAGCUUCUGAUCGAUCUAUUAGUGGUGCAAACGAUUUGAGACAAGCUCGCCUGCGGCUUUCUGAAGUAGAAGAAGAAGCCAGAAAAGAAAUCCCCUUGGAUAUGUACCAUAUUCUGGGAAUCGAGCCCUCUGUUUCAGCAUCUGAAAUUAAGAAGGCAUAUAGGAAAGCUGCACUUAGACAUCAUCCUGAUAAGGCUGGUCAAUCCCUAGCAAGAAGUGACAAUGGGGAUGACAAGCUGUGGAAAGAGAUAGCAGAAGAAGUUCACAGGGAUGCAGACAAACUCUUUAAAAUGAUUGGAGAGGCAUAUGCAGUACUUUCAGACCCUAUCAAGCGUUCAAGGUAUGAUGCUGAAGAAGAGAUGCGGAAUGCCCAAAAGAAACGCAAUGAAAGCAGCACAGUUAGAACUCAUACAGAUGCCCAGUAUUAUCCAUUUGAAAGAAGUGGCAGUGGACGGCAAUGGAGGGAGGUUUGGCGAUCAUAUGGUAAUUCAGCCUCUAGAGGGGGCAGGCAUUCAUGAAAGCUGUGUCAUCAAAUGGGAUUUUUCAGUUUUGAUCAACAACUCAGGGAAGGGACUAGCAGAUGUUCAGAUUCAUUUUAUAUGUACCUUCAGAUUAGAGGUCUCCAGCAGACGGGCCAUUACUUGGGCCACUCUUUUGAUUUAGUUCCACAGUUUUCAUCAAAAAGAAAGGAAAGGAAGAAAAAAGGAAAGAGCUUGCUUCUCUACAAUAUCAGUAAAGAGCUGUUUAAAUAUAUUUGUAACAUGUACAGAAACUUGGUUGGCGUUGGUGGUUUGAUCCUUGUUGAGAGAUUAAACUAAUUGAGUGUAAAGAAAGGGAUUUUCUUGUUUGUCCCAAAAUCUUUGCUAUAUUUCUUGGUGUUUGUUGUGCAUUCUUUUCAAAACAUUCUUAAGAGUAGGAGAGUGGUUUGGUGCACCAGUUGUACACACGAGUGUUGAUUUUUUUAUUGUAUUGAAAGAUGUUUGAUUGUAUAGUCACCGUUUAUCAUGUCCUUCUGCUAAUCCAACAAGGAAGAUCAAAAAAAUUGAUUGGAAGGAUUUUCUUCACAAUA